CUGCUGUGCGCGUCCUCAUGCUGCCUCUUUGCCUUGCAUGUGAGGAGACCCGAUUUCAGGCCACCGCCGCCUUCGCCAUCUACCCUACUAAGUUAUUCUCAAGUUGAUAAUGCAGUGCAACCAAAAUUUCACCAACCAACAGUAUCUACGCGAUUAUUAGCUUGACAUCAGGGUAGCGAUGCAGAACUCCUUUAUCGUUAGUAAGUUGGGUCUGAGCCAUCCCUGUAAAUCUAAGGCCUGGGGUUGCUUUCGGCUCAGACAAGUGAAUGAGCUCAUGUGAGAUUUAUUGGACCAAUGUACCUACCACACGCGUAUCGACGCGCCUAACAACACUACGUACUUGGCUCAGUUCGCCAGGAAGCCAACCCCUCUUCUCUAUCACAUUGAAGAGGGAGACUCAAGCUUGGUAUCAAAAUGGCGCGCAGGAAAUUCUAUGGUGUCCGUACAGGUCGGGUUUCCGGAGUGUACGACAACUGGGAAGACUGCAGAGCACAAGUGGAGAAAUGUAGAAACGACUAUCGCGGCUUCGAUACUCGCGAUGAAGCUGCAUUCUAUGUUGCGACCGGCCAAACAUGCAACAACGCUGACGGGAGAGCACUCUUCGCUAGAUGGAAGUGCGACCAGCCAACCACUAGUAGGGCCAUCACAAAUGAUAUCAAGAAGGAAGACAAGCCGCGUAUCAAAACCGAGGCUUUUGACUCUUCGCAAUCCUACUUUUCUCAAAUCCCACACUUUAAGCCAGAUGACAACGCCGACUUUGAAGACGAAUUCAGUCGCUUUGCCUCAUCACAAAAUAUAGAGCCCGGUUCCAAUGAGUGGCGACAGAAACGUACACAAGCGGUUCGCCAUGAACUUAUGUUCCAUUAUUCUCAAAACAACGACUCUGAUGAUGAAGAUAACAUCAAGGAGGAAGAUGAAGAUAACCUACACAUCUCUGAAGAGGAGAGGGCGCGCAGGUGGAAGCUCUUAGUCUUCCAGAACAUGUGUCGGGAAGCGAAGUUGGAGCCACUUGACACAAUCGAAGGGUGCGUCGCCAACCUCAAGGGCGAACUGAUCAAUAUCGUCGACUAUAUCGACUCAAAGAGGAGUGGCAGGCCAAUUUACGUCUGGCCACCGCACCUAUUUGAAGAGUUUAGGGCGUAUACCCCGAGUGAUACAAAACGAAUGCAUUACAAAACAGUGAUACAAGGAGAUCGACUAUUAGAGCCCCUAUUGCAGGUCCUUCGAAGUCGUAAGGCUGCGGCGGAGCACCAACGCCGAAGGGGUCGUGCAGUAGUUGCCCGACAGGACUGUGCCAGCCGUACUUUGGCGAAAACGUUCCGCGAGGAAGUCCAACAACGCCUCCCAGUUAUCAAAGAAGAGCCAAGACCGGAUAUUGAGGUCCUAUCUAUUCAUGGAACGGAAUCCAACUGCUCAUCGCCAGCUACCCCUAUCAAGGAUAACGAUGACGUUCCACCGUGGAGCCCCAGCAGCAUUGGAUCCUCAGUCGUCGAGAUUCUACUUACUCAGACCGCCAUGAAGAGAGAUCUGGACGACUUCGCGGAAGAGCAAGAUGGCUCUGAAAAUGAAGUGAUCUUGAUGAGUGUAAACAAACGAGCCCGGGUGUAGCGGGGCUGUUAUUCACAGCCUUUCUCAAUCUGGAUUGAAUAAAAGGUUGAAAUGUAUGACUGGUCUAUUAUUCUACGGGGUUUUCAAGCAUGAGUCAUAAUAUAUAUGUACAUAAUAUUUAACCGAAAACUAAGAAAUAACCCAUUCGAUGGACAGUGAUUUCACGCCAAAUACCUGUCAAGAAGUA